AUGUUCCCGGGGUGCAGUUUCCAAGGCAAACAUCUCCCUCGGAGUAACGCUCGCCGUGUCCCCGGCACGCUCUCGCAGGAGGAAGAUGUGCCCAGGCGGGGGAAGCUGCAGCGGCGGCAGAGCUUCGUGGUGGUGCGGGGCGCCGCGCUGCUGCUGCCCGCCGAGGAGCCGCCGGCGGCCGAGGCGCCCGCGGGCCGUGGGGCGCCCGGGCGGCAGGAGCAGCACCUGGAGCUCAUGAUGCGGCUGCUGCGGCCGCAGGACGCCGUGCGCCUGGUAGGGGCGCCCGGCGGCACCGCCGGCGGCGCAGGGGGCGUGGGGAGGGCGGGGGCAGUGCUGCAGGAGCUGCACCGGGCCUGCGGCGAGGCGGCGCGCGGCGGCCACAUCCCCGGCGGCCAAGCGCUGGCCUGGGCCGCCCACUACGCGGCGAACGUCACCUCGGAGCAGAGCUGCAUCAACGAGUGGCUGGCCAUGGCCGACCUGGAGUCCGUGCGGCCCAGCUCGCCCCCGCCCGGGCCGGCGGCGCCGGAGCUGACGGAGCGGGCGGUGCGGGCGCUGCUGCGGGACGUCAUGGCCGCGGCGGACCUGGAGAGCGUCACCUCCAAGGAGGUGCGGACGGAGCUGGAGCGGCGCACGGGGCACAGCCUGGCCCAGCACAAGGACUUCAUCGACAACGAGAUGCUGCUGGUGCUGGCGCAGAUGGACCGGCCCUCCCGCAUCUUCCCGCACCUCUACCUGGGCUCCGAAUGGAACGCGGCCAACCUGGAGGAGCUGCAGCAGAACCAGGUCACCCACAUCCUCAACGUGGCGCGGGAGAUCGACAACUUCUUCCCCGCGCUGUUCACCUACAUGAACGUGCGGGUGUACGACGAGGACACGGCGCAGCUCCUGCCCCACUGGAACGACACCUUCCACUUCCUCUCCGACGUGCGGGCCCGGCGCGGCCGCGUGCUGGUGCACUGCCGCAUGGGGCUGAGCCGCUCGGCGGCCACGGUGCUGGCCUACGCCAUGAAGGAGUUCGGCUGGCCCCUGGAGCGGGCGCUGCGGCACGUGCGGCGCUGCCGCCCCGGCGUCGUGCCCAACCCGGGCUUCAUGCGCCAGCUCGACUUCUACCAGGGCAUCCUGCAGGCCAGCUGCCGAACUGCAACUCCUCGCUCCUCUGCUGCCCAUCCUUGA